AUGCUCCAGGAGCAACAAAUCGCUCAAAUCAUUUGUGCACACGGCGCGACAAUCACCACGACUCGAGCUACACUUCAGAAGGCACCCAACUCCCUUCUGACGACGUCUCCUGACGCCACAGCCAAUUCAGAUGAGAAGCUGGUUCGGAUUUUGAAUCUUCCAGAAAACGUUACUGCGUUUCUUAUGCUCUCUUCGGCUUCUCUUCUGUUUUUGACUCAAUUCAAAUUUCCACCUUUCGGGUUCAAUUUUCGACAAUUUCAACUCAAAUUUCAAGACCCAAGAAUCUUGGGGACCAAGAUGCCGAUUUUCCAGGCCAAACGUCUCGGUCUCAUCUCGUUCGUCGAGGCCGCCUGUCCUUCAACAAUCAGCAUUUCGUGUCAUGCAGCACUCUCAACUGGCAGGAUCAAUCCAGAAGUCACGUUUCGCAAGGUUCUUCGAAUCGUGGUCUCCGGCAAAGUGAUCAUGUGUCGAGCGGUGUUUGGCGACUCGUUGAACGAGUGUCGUGAUGGGGGUGGCACCGAUUUCGAGAUGGAUCGAUACACAUCGAGAUUCUUCCUAAAACACUCGAAUCUCGAGAAGGCGUUCGAUCAGCUGGCCACUGCCGGCUACCGUCUCAUCCAUUCCAACACCUUCGCACCGUCUCAACACACAACAAAGCAUGCGUCAAAAGACGACUCGCAAUUCAUUCAUCACUCACAAUUCGUUUUUCAUCGCCAGCCAAAGCUCUCGCCACCAACCGACAUCUCGCCGCCGCCCAGCUAG